CAGAGUAUCGAGACUUGGCAAGAGUUGUGCAAUGAUGGGUCUGCAGGCCACGGCAGGAAAACGUAAACUGGAGGGAGGUGUGGGCUGCAUGGAAUUCGACAUGGAUAUGGGCGAAAGCCCAUCGAAGUUGGGCCGGGUGGAGGGUAGCUGGUGGGCGAUGGAGGAUAGUUACACGCCCCCGUUGAGCCAAACGCCGGCUUCUUAUUACGACAUGGAAGUGAGUCCGCCCUGCCUACAAACAAAUCCUUGUCAGCCGACGUCGACAAGCCCCCAGCAACAGCAGCAGCAACAGCAACAACAACAACAACAACAUCAAACGGCGCAGCAGCAGCAGCAACAGCAACAACAGCAGCAGCAGCAGCAGCAGCAACAGCAGCAACAACAACAACAGCAGCAGCAGCAGCAACAGCAGUCGUCGACGCCGACGUCAGCACCUCCACCGUCUACGGUGGCGCAUCUGCACCAUCAUCCGCAGCACUACUACCAUCAUCAGCGCGGACCUAGCAGUCCGGUCGGUAACAACGGUUACAGUCAACUGUCCAGGCCUCAGCCACAGUGGGGGGCACCUCAUCAUUACGAGCCACCAACGAUACGGAGAGAAGAAAAUGGAAAGAGUUACUUGGAGCUUGGUUCCAGUUACCGAGCGAACGAGAGGUGCUGCGAGGGUUCGAGGUCAAGCUGGUGUCGGCGUGGUAGAGCGUGUUACAGACAAAGGCGGCUGGCGGUUUUAAAUAUCUCGAUGUGCAAACUGGCGAGGUAUCGCCAAUUUCCGGAUCCGAGCCUUCAUCGAUCGGUCCUCAUCUGCAAUACGCUGAGGCAUCUGGAACGCGAGAUGGAGAGGGACAGAAGUCCGCCGCCCAUGGAGCCGGUUAUACCGGCACCGAUCGCUCAGCUUCAACCUCCCGAGCAGGGCAGGUUAACACCGUUCCCAAUGCCGCCAACGUCUUCGAACGAGACAGAUGCCGAUUCCGGGAUCGGCGAUAGCGACGACAGUCGUUCGAUUAAUUGGGGCAGCGUGCUGUCUCUCUCGAGUCAGUCGCCGUUGGAUCCAUUGAAUAACAACGAGCUGCUGGACGUCGAUAUCGGUCCGGAUCUAGACUUAGACUUCAUGCCUGGAUGGAAGUUGACGCCCCUCUCUGCCGAUGAUAUCCUUAGGAGUACGACGGCGCAAGAGCAACAACAUCAGCAGAAUCAGCAGCAUCAUCACCAACAGCAGCAGCAACAGCAUCUGGUGCCGACUAGCGGCAGUUGCGCCAGCAGUAACGUGGGUAGUGCCUGCGUCAGUACCGGCAGUAACAGUAGUACGCACGAAUCGUUGAUGUGCGUUGGAUCAUAGCCCCCGAUUUUGACAUCGUUGAGUCAUCUCAUCGAUUUUUACCCGUUGAUGCCGCAGAACAAGUAAAUAGGGUGUCCGGCAACAAACUCGCAAAAGAACCAUAAAACCCGAGACGCAGAGACGAUGCGAUGGUUGCCUGCCGCCCGCCUUUCGAAUAUGUGCGACGCCUGGUCGGCGACACUUCAGGAGGUCUUCGUUUUCUUAUUUAUUACCGUUCGUGUCAAUUAUGCACCGAUCGAUUAUCUCGGUUACGUUCGACUUCGUACUACACUGGUAGUCAGCAUGGAUGGUCUACUCUUUGAUAGAGAGAGAGAGAGAGAGAGAGAGAGAGAGAGAAAGAGAGAGAAUAUGCGUCUCGUUACCCUAUGUUCGCAGGUGCAGGCAGCGCGGAAUUCAGAAAUGAUCCAUCGGAAAUGCUUCAUAUUCGAAGUAAACCAAGAGGUGAUUACAAUUUAUAAACCAACGGGUACCUAACCUCGUGUUGUUUUGAUUAUCAAAUAUGAUUCAAGAUAUGUUAUAUACUUUUAUGUAUUAUUUUAGUUGGAAUAAUUAACAUUAGACUGGUGAAUUACCAGUCUGAUAGAAAUUACUAGCGGAGAGUCAUAUUUUUUAUCUAUGUGCACAUUAGGGAGAUUCUAAUUUUCGUUUGAGCCGAGCAACGCGAGAUCAGGUUCUCCCUCCGACUAAACAGCAACCACCUCGAAACGAGCAUGGCUAUACUAUAUCGAAACGAUCUGUUUUUGCAGCUGCACCUGCGAAUUCAGCGGCGCACGAUAUGAGUUCCCGAGUCGCUCGAAAUAUCGUCAACCGGCACCUCAGACAAAAAGAUAGAGAUAGAGUGGGAGUGACAGAGACUGAGAGAGAGAGAGAGAGAGAGAGAGAGAGAGAGAACGAAAGAGAAAGAAAGAGAGAAAUAAAGAGAGUGAAAGAGCGACAGGGAAAAAAAAAGAGAAAAUGAAAAAGUCUCAGAGCUUUCAAUGUUCACGCCCCCGGGCCGGCGAUAGGAUAGGAAAAGUAUCCAGGAUCAGUGUAGCCCUCACUCCGACUCUUUAAAACAACAACAUACGACGGUACAAAACUCCGACAUAGACUUAUUUAUCCACAUAGAAUAAUCUAAUUGAUACAUUCGAUGGAAAAGUGUCCUUUCCUUCCUUCUAUAAUUAAUUUUCUUUUUUUUCUUUUCUUUUUGGUAACAAUUGGCACACAGCAUGGUGAUAUUCUUACGUACAGUGAGCAACGAAGGUAUUCGAAUUUCAAUGUGAAAACAAUUUCCAUGUUAGAGUCCCAUACGAGAGAAACCAUACAUUAGCAAGAAGAGAACAAUUACUUCGUUUAAAAUUUGCCAAAGAGUAUAUAAAUAAGGACAUAAAUUUUUGGAAUACUGUUAUUCUUUCAGCUGAAAAUAAAUUCAAUUUAUUUGGGUCCGAUGGUAAGAGAAUAGUACGGAGGCAGCCAAGUAAUUGGAUUCAAAAAAUUUGAAGUCUACAGUGAAACAUGGUGGAGGCUCCGUAAUGGGGCUGCAUGUCCGCUAAUGGGCCUGGAAAUCUCGUAUUCACCGAUGGAAUCAUGGACAAAACUAAAUAUUUGAAUAUUCUAAAAGAAAAUUUAAUUAAUAGUGCAUUAAUAAAAUUAAAUGCGUUAAGAAAUUUUCCAGCAGGACCGAGAUCGUAAACAUACGGCCAAAAUAGUACAAUACUUUCGUUGCUCACUGUAUGUAUAUCGCUCGCCUAGCCGGCUGACGUUGAGAACUCUACGGCGAUGUCCGGCGUCGUUCGACGACAGCCAAUCGAAACGGGAGUGUCCAUCAUCAUCGAUCGAUGUUUUCUCUUUGGACUAGAAAGACUAUUCAGGCGACGAUUAAUUAAUGCCAUACACUCUGACUACACAUUAACGAUACACUUACACACAUAAGACAUAACCGCCGUGGCCUAUAUCGUACGCUGAUACACGUACACGCAUACACACAUACACAUACACUCAUACAUAAUGCUAUAUACGUACAUCAGGAGAAAAAUACAGGUUCGUACACAGAAAAGUCGAUAUGGUGCUAGGACGAUCACACCCUGGUGCUUAAUUCUGUAACACACAGAGCCAUGUGCAUAAAUUCGCACGGAUCGCCUGCAGUCUUCGUUAAGAGGUCUAGAUACGUCCUGACGUCGUGAACAGGACACAUCGCGAUUUAACGUGUUUCCAUCUGUAGUGUUCUCCGACGAAUUUUGUUGCUGGACAUCACUUUGGGCCUCUCACCAAAGGCCAAAUUGACGAUCGAAGGCACACAGGGAUCACGGAUGGAAAUACGUUGCAUAGAACGCGCAACUGUGUUCUGGCGCAUGAUGCUAACAAAUGUACCUGCAUUUUAGAGAUCGGGAUUAAUAUUCGGUCCCUUCGUGUCGUCGCGCGGAGGCCACUGCGCGCCACUGAUCUCUCGUUAAUAAUUAUGUACUAUAAUACUAUUGUAAAAUAGAGAGUGGCCGACGAGCAGAGAACGAAGGUGACCAACAAUUCACUUGGGGUGUGGAACGGAGAGAUUAUUAAGGGAGGAGAGGAGGAUGAAGAGGAGGAUGACGAAGGGGAAGGGGAGAGAAUAGAGAAUGAAAAUAAAGUAAAAUAAAACUCGACGAUACGCACUUCGCGAAGAGGAACGGCGAUCCGCGCGCGAUCUCGUCCUCAACGUCCACUAACUGAAACCCAAACAGAGCAGCUAUACUUAAAUCGAAGUUAAGCGUUGUAAAGCGAGUUUAAUGAACGAUAAAGCGAAUAUAAAAAGAAAAAAAAAAUUAAUAAUUUAUAAAUCGACUGAUUAUCUUGUGCGAUAGAGAACGAUGAUGGGAAAUUAUGAGAAAAGAAAGAAAGCUCUAACCGGCAACGCUUCGCGACACGAGUUCAUUUAAACUGUAAUUAAUUGAAUGUUAAGCCAACAUGAUAUAUACACGUACAUGACACACACACGCACACACACACACACGCACGCACGCACGCAUUACAGAGAAACCAUACGUACUUGCGUGACAUUUGUAUACAAAUGGACACGUUUGUACAUGAGAUACGUUUUAGAUACUUCGAUGUAUAUAGAUACACACUACGUGCUAAGUCUAAUAAUUGUUAACACGAACCGUCAACUCUCGGCAGUUUUUUUUUUUUUUUUUGUUUUUUCUGUUCCUAUGUCUAAAAUCUUGUAUCUGUUUUGUUCUCAAUCACUUGCAAUCCAUCCAUCUUAACAACAAAUUCGAAUUUCCCGCGUUUUCAUGCGUUCGAUCGUCAUCUCUCCUCUCGUACACGAUUCAACGCUGUUGUCAUACGUUGGCCUCCACCACGCUAAUCGCCUCACCUCUAUUUCAUUCAUUCGUUUCUCUCUCAUUUCAUACAAAAAAAAAAAAAAAGAAAGAGAAGAAGGGGAAAAAACAACGAGCAAUAUUACAUUAACAAUGCGGAAAAUUUUAGGGGAAAAACGUACACGUGCAUGAAUCUCGAGCGAUUUGUGAGCUUUCUUAAAUACGUUAAUGAGGGAACACCAUUUUCUGAUUAUCGUAUUUGUGACUGUGUUUGAUCAAGCGUUUUGUACAUUACUUAAUAAUAAUUUACACAUGUUACUACGAUUGCAAUGUAAUGUAAAUAUUAUUAGGAAAUAAACAUCGUUAAGCAAUUGACAUAUGGAUCAACAGAAAUUUCUUACAAACGAAUGAAAAUUGCAACGUCUGAUUUAAGAUAACACUUUGAGAUCAAACAUCAAUCAUAAGGUAUAAAAACAAAAAAGUAAAGAAGAUUGUUCUCGUCAUCUCGUUGUAUUUCUUGGAACGAACGAAUCGUUCGAGUUCAUAAUUCUGUCUACGAUCGCGCGUAAAGUGUUAAAAAUAUACGAAAAUGACAUUUGCACAUAAUACAUAGCAGACAGACGCACACACACACAUACAUACAUACAUAUAUACACACACGUACGAACGAACAUUGCGUGAAAUUAUGUAUGCGCGCUCGAUGUGAAUGUACGGAGGAUUUUUUUUUUAGGGAAAAAAGGUCGAUGUUGUUUUCUUGCAUGGUGUACCAAUUGGAACCACAGCGUUAACGUUAAAGCACGUGUGGCAGCACGAGAUACAGCAACGUAUGCUAGAUUGUUCAAAAAUUCGUCCAUCGCGUUGAUGCAUCUCUCAAAGUACAAUGCCUUUUCGUGUUUUGCGAUUCGCAACGCUACCUCAUCGGCUUGGUGUUCCGCGACGGACGACUUGUGAUUUCUCUUUCUAUACACGCUGUUGCUCGCUAAUGAAACAGAAAUGUGAAAAUAUCGGCGCUGAUCGAUGUAUCGAAUUUUAUUAAAAUCCAAAAAAAAAAAAAAAACUGCGAACUAAUGUGUAUAUAUAUAUUAUAUAUAUAUACUCGUGUCUCCUGGUCGCAACAUUUUGUACCGAUCGAUCGAUUUGAUCGUCCAACGGAAUACCAAGCACUGCGUUUUGAAACAGUUAAACGCGACACAGUAGACUCGCUUCUCGGGGAUUGAAAAAAAAAAAGAAAAAAAAAAAGCGGAACUCGGGAGGUGACAAAUAAUUUCGUAUUUUUUACACGGAGAUAUGUAGCUUCGCUGCGUUCAAACGCAAUAUUGAUACACGAUCACAUACAUACGCGAUACAUGUGCACACACACACACACACACACACACACACAUACACGCGACAAAGACACGGUACCGAAGGAGUGCCUGCGAGUUCGGUGGUUCGAGAACGGCGAGUGUGAUAAAGUGGAGGAAGAGGAUGCGAGUAAAAAAAGAAAAAAAAAAAAAAAAAGAAAGCAAAACUGUAACCGUGCGAGAGAACGACGAUAUAUACAAGUUCUAAAUACACACGUGUGUUUCGACGAUUGCGCCGGCGUACGUGUUAAUGUUAAAACGUUAAAAAAAAAAAAAAGAAAAUGACAAAAAAAAAAGAAACGAAACAGAUGAUAUAAAUGGGUGUGCAACGGACACUUUCUUUCGGGAAGUUUUAGAACAAAAUCACGGAGAAGCGGAAACAUAGAAGAAAAGGAGGACGAAAAAAUGAAACACUGUAUAUAGUAUAAAUAGUAACUACGCGCAGAAGUACGUUUAAGCGGAAAUAAAAGAUGAUAUAAUAGAUAUAAUGUGAAGAAAAAUAUACACAUAUAAGAUAUUAUUAUAUAUUAUAUAUAAACAAGAAGUAUAUAUAUAAGAUUAUUAUAUAUAUUUACCGUGGUAAGUGAUAUACAAAAGCGGUGACGGGGACUCGCGCAAUCUCGUUGUCGUGUUCGGAUGAUGUUGCUGUGAUUCGCGGUUGGCCCACGCAGUGAUUUUUCCUAUUCAGAUUCAUUUCAACUUGUGGAACGCAUAUCCUGAUGGAUGUCUCGUUGAUUUUUCUAAUUACACGCAUAAACACACACGUACACGUACAUAUAUACAGACACUGUACUCCAAGCUGAUCACUCUGUUGUUGCCAUCCGUUUUUUCCAUAUACACAUGCUCUUCCAGGUUGUUUUUACGUGUACGUGCGUCCAUGUAGAUAAUUGUAUGAUCGCGAAUUCUUUCAUCUUUUUCUUCAGCUACGUUUCCUUUUUUUUUUUUUUUUCUUUUCUCGAAAUUCUUCUUCAGAACGCCCUUCGCGUCAAGAGUGAUCAGUUGCCCGCAAAGUGUGUAAAGAUAGCCGACGGACAACAAGGUGGAGGCGACAGCCCCAGCAAGCUUGCAUUUCUUAACUCCUUGCAGGACAGAGAAGUUUGAUCGUAUUCUUCAUCAAAUUAUUUAUGUACACGAUGGGUUGGUUGGGAUAUUUGUAUCGAGCUUUUAGUGCGUUCGUUCGUUGUUAGUAUGAAAGGAAAGAAAAAAAGAAGAAGAAGAAGAAGAAGAAGAAGAAUGCAUACGUUUUUGUUAUUAUUAUUAUUAUUAUUAUUAUAAUUAUAAUUAUAAUUAUUAUUAUUAUUAUUAUUAUUAAUAUUAAUAAAUAUAAAUUCUAUAUAGUCCUAUGAAGAGUUAAUCGAAUUGAGCUGCCGUGAAGAUGUACGAUUAAGUUCCUAUUACCACGAUAUCUAUCCGAGAAUUAGUUAGAGCAAUCUAUCCCAGCCGAACGUAUGAACGCAAUGCAGUGACAGCCAGCGCGUGUGGGCCGCCAUGCGAACGCAACGUCCUCGAAUCCUCCUUUUUCUUUUUUUUUUUUCUUUUUUUUUUUUGCACGAUUACAAUUAUUCUUAUUACUAUUCGCGAUAAUACUGUGAAUAUUAUUAAUACUGUUAAUAAUCGAUCGAUUUGUACCGAACGCCUUAAUUGAAAAACGGUAUCUUUCUUUCUUUCGGGCGAAAGCACGAAGGAACGAGGCUGCACGAUGUCGCGGCCAGCCAGUGUGCGAAGGCAAAAGAAUAGUUGACGAAAAAAAGAAAGAAAAAAAAGAAAACGCGAUAGAGAAAAAAGAAAUCGAGACGAGGACGUCAAGCUAGAGUUAAAACGUAACGGAUCUCCGAGACUUUACGAGAGUCCCGCCGUGACCGCAAAUCUAGGACACGAGGAAGAAAGAACACACGACACUGUACAUUGUAAAUAGUAGCGCGGAGAAGAGACGGUUACAGAGAAAGACAGAGUUAAUUAAUUAAAAGAUAAAAAAAAAAAGGGAUGAGAUGAAAGAACGAGAGAGAAAGAGGAAACGAGAGGGAGAGAGAGAGAGAGAGAGAGAGAAUGAGAACGAGAGAGCGAGCGACGAGAGAAAGAUGAAGAAAAAGAUGAAGUUGCAUCGAAAUCGCGCCGGGCGCGUGAAGCGAAUGCACGUUCCCGAGGGAUGUUCGAUUCUAAGGCGAAAAUACAAAUAGGUGAUUGAAAAAUAGUGAAAAUGCAAAACGGACCGUUUUCUGAUGUUAGAAGUGAUUUCAUCUUAAAAAAAAAAACGAAAAAAAAAAGAAACUCCUUCGUCGUCGUGUCGACAGUAGAUUGCUCGAAAUUAACUAGCCCCGUUAGUCGCCUGAAAUCGAUGUAUCCCGAUGGGGUAUAUUCGCCAUACGAGCCGCGUGUGCGGCCCAUUUUAAUAGAGCUAGGACAAAUUUUAAGAUGCACGGUUGUAUCUACGGGGACGUGUGCCGAUCACUCGACUGUAAUUCGUAUCGUGUCACAAGACUGCGUCUAAAAUAA